AUGUCUAAAAGAAAGUGUAAAUUUACCGAAAAACUGGCGGCAAAAUACAAAAUUUUUGUAAGAGGCCGAAAUGAAGAAGAAGCCAAAUGUGUGCCUUGUGAUUCGUUUGUUUCUGUUGGCAGCCAAGGAGCAGCAGAUCUGGAAAAACAUAUUUCUACGGAAAAACACAAGAAAAGUCUUCAAGCCUCUUCCUCUUGUAUGAAACUGGGUAACUUUUUCGUCCAAAAGAAUAGUUCAGUUGAUUUUAAACUUAAAGCUGCAGAAGGUACAUUAGUAUAUCACACCGUUUCGCACCAUCAGUCUUAUAGAUCGUUGGACUGCACUUCAUCUCUUCUUAAAGAGGUUGAAAUGGAAUCAAACCGGAGUGAAAUUUGGCUUCAUUUUACAAGUUUAUCCUUGGUAUCAGCCAAAUGCAAUAUUUGUGGGUCCAAAUACUCAUAUAAAGGAGGUUCGACCUCAAAUUUAAUGAAACAUUUAAAGUCAAAACAUCACACUUUUUUGAGCAAAACUGGCAAACCACCUCAACCUCGAGCCAAAGAAAAAUAUAUUGAAGGUAAAAAUACACUAGUAGGGGAGACCGGGGCUAGUUGUCACAGGAGCAUGUUGUCACUACGCCGAAAAAACGGGGAAACAUACAGUAUGGCAUAUAAGUUGAAACUCAUAGAGUGGGGUUUAGAGUCCCAUGUAGAUAAAUUUGAAGAGGAAGGAAUUGAUGAUAAUAGUUUUCCACUUUUGGAUGAAUUCACUAUUCAAACAAUUUUUCCUAAGUGUGGAGCAAGGCUUAUAUUUAGAAAACAUUUUCAAGACUACAUUGCCAAAGGAUCGGAGAUAGAUUCCUUCUCUCAAAGUAAUGGUAAUGAUAGUAACUCGGAUGCGUUAGUAUUUGAACCCGAUGACGAACUUCUAGCAAUUCUAGCAGAAAAUAAUCUAAAUGAACCAGUUCAAGCCGAUGUUGAGAAAGCUGGUCCAUCAAAUUCUAUCCAGUUAGUCGUAGGAGACAGUAAUCGUCAAAAAGAAAGUGUUUUUCCGGAGGGUUUGGAGCUAACAUUAAACAAGUCAACUGAUGGAAAACUUGUUCUAUUGAAUAAGGGCCACUUAAAUAAUAAUUUAAGGCAGAAAUUGGUACGCUGUAUCGUCAACGAAUUAAUUAGAGUCUACGGUAUUAAGAUCAAAACAGAUAUUUUUUUAAGAGUCUCCAACGAAAUCGAAAGAUUGUUCCAUAACGAGAAGGCCGAAUCUUAUUUUGUACCGUACUUCCCUCCCGAAAAGAAACGGAAACUAAUACAAAUUGAAAACGAGAUUGAUAGUUCAAUUGAAGAAGAGAAAGGUAAAGGAGUGGGACCCAAAGGAAAAUUGUGGAACAAAUACGUUAAUGUACGUCAUGCAUUAAACACUGCAAAUACAUCGAAAGUAACUAAAAGCAUAAACGUAUGCGAGAAAGAGAAUAAGGUCCCCGAUGAAAAUGAUCAAGAAAAACAAUUUCUUAACUUCUUAAAAGUCGCUAUAGAACCAUUCAAUAAAGUUUUGGAGGCUUGGGAAAAUUCUAGCAAACUUAGACGAAAAUUGUAUGGUAAUGCCGGACUUACUGAAAUUUAUAAGGAAUUUCCCUGUUUAAAACAAAAUAAUGGAAUAGAACUAAUUGAAACAGAUUUUAAUCGAAAAUUUCCUGAUAAAAUUGAUAUUAUAUGUACCACAUGGCCCAAAGUUUCAAAAGCGAUUCUUUCAGAAGCAAAUGAAAGAAAAAUUAAUGUCACCAACAAUACUAAUUGCGAAAAGAGCCUCCACUCAAUUCUUUCGUUGCCUUAUUUGUGUCCUCCAGUAAUGUUGAAAAAGUCAAGAAAAGGUAAUAAUUGGAGGCCCACGAGGAGUGAAAUUCAAGAAAGUUUCUUUUCCAUUUAUGCAAAUCUCGAAGAAUUAGAACAAAAGAUUCAAGAUAGAAAGAAGAAACUCCGAGAAUAUAACAUAACGUUACAGCCAUUUGCGGCCAUUUUGGGUACAUUAGAAAAUCCAGAAGGAUAUUUUAUUAUUAUUGAUGAGAUCAAAUACAAAAUUGGAUCAUCCAUUCGCACAUUAGAAUGCCUCUUUAAAUUUUUUCAUGGGCUGGAUGUAGCUUACCCACCAGAAUGUGAACACAUCUGGUUGGUAAUUGAAGAUCUGUUAUUUCAGAUGAAGCCUUCCAAGAAAUUACCCUCCACUUCUACAGUAAUAUCUGACAUUAAAUAUUAUAUUGAAGAAAAUUAAUGUUUUCUUAGGUUUUUAGUACCUGUAUGAUAAUUUUUUUAAUUGAAUUUAUUUUUAUUUUAGUUUUUGGUGACUGGUAAUAUUACUCUAAAUGUUUGUCAGUCCUACUUUUUUUGGAUUUAAUACUCUUUUGUUUAUUGUUAGUUUUAGACUGAGUUAGUUUUUACGAUUUUUUAAUAAUAUGCCUCAGUGCAAUUUUUGUAGUGACUCUUUUUUUAAAGUAAAUGCUUUAAUUACACAUUUAAAAAUUAUUCAUAGAUGUGAAGAAUAUGGAGUUUUUGUUUGUGGGGAAAAAGAGUGUCAUAGACAUUUUCCAUGUUUAAAAACCUUUAGAAAACAUUUAAAAUCACACGAAUCAUUGUCUAAUAGCCAAAUGGUUUCUAGUAAUGAUUCAUUGUCUAAUUUCUCGACAGUUUCUAACAUUAACGAAGCAUGUUACAUGUCUGUUAAUUGUUCACCCUCUUUAUCAAAUAGCAUCAACGAAACCUCAUUGAUUGAAUCGCGAGUAUUUAUUAGAGAUGCUGCCUUUAAUGAGUUUAAAGAAAAAAUGACUGAAAAUAAUAUCAAUUUCAUAUGUGAUUUAUAUUCAGAAAAAACUUUGUGUAGAAAAGAUGUUCAAAAAAUUAUAGAAAAAGUAACUGUGUUAUUAUUAGAUCCAUUAAAUAUGUUUAAAAAUAAUCUAGGAAAUAUCUUGAAAAAUCAUUCAGUUUCCGAAUCCGAUAAAUUUGAAAUAAAUAAAUAUUUUGUCGAACUUGAAAAUAUAUUUGAAGGUUUUCACAGUGAAUAUCUCAGGUUUGCACAUCUAGAAAAUUUAGGAGUUUUUAUUAAACCUUUAGAAUUUACAGUUGGGGAGCGUUUAGAAAAAAACAAAAAUGGUAUUCUUAUUACAAAGAAAUAUACUGCUCAGUUUAUUUCAUUAAAAAAUGUGUUACAGUCAUUUUUUUCAUUGUCUAAUGUUUUGUCUGAAACAUUGCAAUAUUUAAAAUAUUUAAAGACUCAGAAAAUAAUUCUUAAUAUAGUUCAAACAGAAAAUUGGAAAAACAAAAUAUCAAAUUUCAAGUGUAGUGAUAUUGUUCUACCACUCUUUUUGUAUUAUGAUGAUUAUGAAAUAGGAAAUCCAUUGGGGUCUCAUUCAGGCAUACAUAAAAUUGGGGCCAUAUAUUAUUCAGUUGCUUGCUUGCCACCAUCAGUACAAUCACGUCUGGACAAUAUUUUUAUUGGAAUGCUAUUUCACAGUUCAGAUCUAAAGGAAUUUGGAGAAAAAAUAAUGUUUUCAAAAUUAGUUGACGAGUUAAAUACAUUAUCAAAGAAAGGCAUUUCAGUAGCAAUAAAUAAUACUAAUGUACAUAUAUAUUUCUGUGUAGCUCUCUUUUGUGGUGACAAUUUAGCUCUAAAUUCUCUAUUUGGUUUUCAAGAAAGUUUUGUAGCUAAUUCUUUUUGUAGAUUGUGUAAAAGUUGGAAAUCUGAUACACAAAAAGAUGUGGUUGAAAAUAUUUUUUUGCUGAGAAAUAAAACAAAUUAUUCUUCUGACUUAUUAAUAAACAAUGCCUAUUUAACUGGCAUACGAUUUAAUCCUAUACUCAAUAAUAUAGAACUAUUUCAUGUUACUGAAAAUUAUAGUGUCGAUAUUACACAUGACAUAUUUGAAGGGGUAGGAAAUUAUAUAAUGUCAUAUUUGCUUUUUGAAUUUAUUAUUGUGUCAAAAUUUUUUAGCAUAGAUAUUCUUAACACUAGGUUAAAAUACUUUGAAUUUGAUUCUGGGCAUAAUAAACCCCCUCUUAUUACAAUCGAAAAUGUAAAAAAUAAGCACCUAAGAAUGUCUGCUGCGGAAAUGAAAUGUUUUAUCCUAAAUGCGGGUUUAAUUUUUGGUGAUUUGAUUCCAGAAGGUAAUAAAUUUUGGCGUCUUUAUACAUUGUUAAGAAAAAUACUUGAAAUUGUAUUAUCUGAUUUUGUUAUGCCUGACAUGUAUGUCAAAUUAGGAGAGUUGGUCCGUGAGCAUCAUUUUUUAUACAAACAGUUGUUUGGAAAUUUAAAACCAAAAUUUCAUUUUAUGGUCCAUUAUCCAUUAGUUUUAAAAAAAUGUGGCCCUUUAGGUAAAAUUUCAACCAUUCGUUAUGAGGCAAAACAUCGAAAUUCUAAAUUAUCAGGAAAUGUUGUGGCUUCUCGAGUAAAUAUUUCCUACACUUUAGCUAUAAAACAUCAACUACAGUUAGGUAACAGAUUAUUAAGAAAAUCUGAAUUGUGUACUGAUAAUGAGAUACCAACCUGUCAAAAAAAUCAUAGAGUGCAUGAUAUUGUCCCAGACUUUGACAAUGUUGUUAAAAAUUCUGCUUUGUUAAUAAAAGAUGAAACAAUACCAAAUCGUUUUUUACAGUUUGUUGCUAAGGUAAAGAGGGUUACAGUAAAAAAUAAGGUAUUUAAAAUGCAAGAUGUAUUUUCAUUUAAUAUUGAAAAUCGGACUUUUGGUUAUUUAGAAUUGAUAAUUGUUAAUAGAGAUAACCAAAUUUGUUUUAUAUUUGAAGAAAUGGAAGUAUUGUCUUUUAAUGAACAUUGCUUUUCUCUACAUUUAAAUAAUACUAAGAAAAGAAAAAGUCUGUUUCUAGAUGACAAUCUUGUUAUAAAUAUUCACAAAAUACAAUUAAAAGACAAUAAAAAUUUUAUUUCACUGUUUUAAUAAAAAUUCCGCAAAGUUAAGCAAUAAUUGUUGACUAAUAUUCAUGUAUCAUCCAUAUUUAUUUUGUUAUGUUCUUAUCUAUUUCAUGUUUAUUUAUUUUGUUUAUUGUGGUUGUCUAAAUAAAUGUUAAUUGGCU